ACGGUCUCAACGUGCUGCCAAUGACAGUUCUGGAACCAUAUAUCCCUGCCGAAUAAUAAGGACCCUGGCACGCGAUCUUCGUGUCAUGGGCGUUCAUGACCCACGAGGCAGCAAAUCCAUUGAGCACCAUCCUCCGACUGCCACACAGCUCCUCCCGUGCCAAUCAAGGCCUUUUCACCUGUGGCGUGCUCUGAUCUUAUCCAACUAAGGAUUAAGCAGGAUUGUGGUCCACCUCGCCCCUACCGUGCGACGCGCAGCCACGACCAUGGGUGCCGCAAUCGACACGAUCCUCAACUUUCUCUAUCUCCGAAGGUCCAGCAGAGCCAGCGCUUUCAAAAUCAUCUUCGCCGCGGCCCUGGCCGUAACAGUCCUGGCGAAAGGACUGAAUGGUCACUUUGUCGCGCAACGGACCAUCAAACGGCUUAAGAAGGAGCUAGCGCGCGCCAGAUCCGAAGAACAGACGAUCAGAAGUCAUGCAGAUCAAGAGCAGCGGCAGAGCGCUGCAGAGGCUAGCAAGAUCAAGGCACAGCUGGCACGCAAGGAGGAAGAGUUGCAUCAGACAAAACAGGGGUGGAGUAAGGAAACCGCGUCCAACAAGCAGACAAUAGAGCACAUCAGCCGUGAGCUGGAACAGCGAAAACGCAGGGAGGAGUCGUAUAUGAAGGAGCGCGAGUCCCUGCAAGCGCUCCUGGAGACUCGUCGACUUGAGCUGCAAGAAGCUCAGAGCUACUUCCAAUCUGCUGAGGCAGUCUCUGAGGGCGAUGUCGUCCGUACCGUUUCCAACCUCAACUCGGAGGUGUUUCAGGCCGUGAAGGCGAUGGCAGAAUCGUUCGAAGCUGGAAACGCCGCCACGUUGAACACAUACCCAUUGGAUGAAGCUCGCACUCUCGUUGGCGAGAAACUAUCUCAAUUACUUGCAUCGUUCCCGGAUCAUCAGCAAGACACCGUUGUUCUCGAGACUGCCUUUCAGGCGACCAUGGUGCAAUUCGCCUACAGUCUACUAUCGGCCUGGUAUAUAGGAAACUGGAAGGAGGACUCGAUGGCGAACAUCUACAAACAGAUGUUACUCUCUGAGAGCCAGAGCGUCGCAGGAAGAUGGCGAGCGUUGACGUACAAAUAUCAACCCAAGAGCGACGCCGACGGUCAUACAUGGGAGAUCAGGCUGACUCAAUCACUACAGUCGCUCCUGAGCACUAUCAACCUCGUCGCUCGAGGAAACGGCGAGGUGCCAGAAGAAGUCAAGGAGAACUUACGUCUCAUCGUGCGCACUGCGCUGGACCUCAGAUCCAUGAUCGGUGAACAGAUCGUCAGCAGUAAUUAUACCAUGAUAGUCGGCUCGGGAGGAGAGCUGUUCGCACCGGAGCGGAUGGAAGAUGUCUGGGCGACCGGAGCUAGCAACGUUAAGGAAGGGACCCGAGUGCUCUGUCCGUCAGAUCUGGGUCUUCAAAGGACGGAGAAGGUGGAUUCUGGCGGGGACGAUACUAGUGUCACAGCUCUUUUGAUCAAACCUAAGGUCGUACUCGAGACCUUGGUUGAGGAGCUGUUACCGGGCGAUGAAGGAGAGAGCGUUCCUAAUCCGAAUUCAUCACACGAUUCAUAGCGGAUUCCGUCGUUAGCUAUGUACAUAGCAAAGACCAACUGAUGGAUAGGCGAAGUUUCGCACUGAGUGGAGUAGACGUACGGGGCUUAGGUACUUGGUGACACGUGUGAUGGUAAGCACCAGGUUCGACUUCCGACG